UGGAGAGAGGAUGUGUGCGCACACAGGCGGUGAAUGGCUGACAGCACACUGCCAAUGAGCGGCACGGCAGCGAUCAGCGCAGGCACACACCAGCUUACGCACGAUACAAAGUUUAGCCCAUGUCCCCAGCAACUUUCCUGAGGACACGCCUGACGUCCAGCUGUUCCCAGACCACAGGGGCCGAGCAGCAGAACAUUAUCCGUGUGUGGCCCCUGCCCUGGACUUGUAACUCUGCUCCGGGGCCACUGUCUGCAUAAUCUGGGAACCCCUCAUCACCUGGAGGCUUGACAGCGCUGCGGAUGGUGCUAACCCCCCUCGGACAAUCCGCUAUGACGACUCCGCCGCCUCACCCGGCUAUUUCCAUCUCUCCGCCGGUGGAUUUCGUGCUCGGUGCCACGGCAUGCUGCAUGGCUUGUGUAUUUACUAACCCUCUGGAGGUGGUGAAGACGCGGCUGCAGCUGCAGGGGGAGCUGAGGUCCCGAGGCUCGUACACACGACAUUACAGAGGGGUCAUGCAAGCCAUGCUGGCCGUGGGGCAAGCGGACGGGCUGCGGGGGCUGCAGAAGGGGCUGACGGCUGGACUGCUGUAUCAGGGGCUGAUGAACGGAGUCCGCUUUUACCUGUACUCGCACGCGGAGGACAUGGGGCUGACCCAACAACCCGGGGGAAACAUCGCAGCGGGAGCCAUUGCAGGGGCGCUGGGAGCAUUCUUCGGGAGCCCUGCAUAUCUGAUAAAGACCCAUCUCCAGGCACAGACGGUGGCUGCCAUCGCAGUUGGGCAUCAGCACGAUCACCAGAGUUUGACCGGGGCCUUUGAGUCGAUCUACAAGAAGCAGGGGAUACUGGGAUUAUGGCGCGGGGUGAACGGCGCGGUUCCGCGGGUCAUGGUGGGCUCUGCUGUCCAGUUGGCAACAUUCGCCAGCGCCAAAGAAUGGGUGAAAAAGCGAAAGUGGUUUCCGGAGGACAGCUGGCUGGUGGCCCUGGCCGGAGGCAUGAUCAGCAGCAUCGGAGUGGCCAUCGCAAUGACGCCGUUUGAUGUGGUCAGCACCCGCUUGUACAAUCAACCCGUGGACAGCGCAGGCAAGGGACAGCUGUAUCGUGGAUUCGUGGACUGCUUUUUGAAGAUCGUAAAUACAGAAGGGGUCCUAGCUCUGUAUAAAGGGAUUGUGCCGGCGUACGUGCGUCUGGGGCCACAUACUAUACUUAGUUUGCUCUUCUGGGAAGAGCUGAGGAAAUUUACGUACUAUUAUCAGCACCACUGACGGCAGUGGGAGCGGACAACCAGCAGAGAUGUGCUACGGGAGGCGGAAAGAACCUUUCGUGGAACUUGUUGGAGAAACAGCCUAAGGAAAGGGGUGAGGGGCAUGGAGUACGUGUGCUGUUUGUUAUAGCCCCAGCAGAACGUGAAGAACUACAAACAGAGGGAGUGAUGAACGCCACGGAGAAUCCAUUUCUCCAGCAGCCAAGAUGGACACCGACCAUGGACUGCGUAAUCCGAAAGGUGAAGCUGCGUUCAGUGACCCCGUGACACGCUGACCACUUUCACUUAACAUGUUCGUUGUAGGGCCGCACUGGUCUCUGUUGUAUGAAGGCCUUGUUCUGGGUCCUGAUCCCCACUCUCAGGUUCUGAGCUACAUGUUCUAGGGGUGAUGUUCGCUGCAACUACAUACCUCACGCUGUACACGUCGAGAGACAUUAAACACAAAACGGCUAUUAUAUUUUGACAAAGCGA